ACUGAUAAGCAGGUUUAGGACCUAGACCUGGUGUGGGGACAGUCUUGCAAUGAAAGAUAGGGGAGAGGCUGCAGCGGCUGUGAGGUUCCUUCCUGCUCAGUGAAAUCAUUAAGAGCUGAAAUCACCAAGUAAGAGAAUCUCAGAAUGCAGCAUUGCAGUGGCAGAGGUAACCGUGGCAGUGCUGAGCGGCGGGAGAGGCUUGUUCCCCCCCUCCCUUCAAGGUAGAAGGUGAACCCCUCCCCGUGAAUUCUGGGACUUCACUGACUCUGAAUCGCCAGCUGUGAGUGGGGGGCAGCAGAAGGAGUGGGUCUUAAAGAGACAUUCGUCCAUUGGAUUUUCACAGUGCAAGAUCUGUGCAGGGCGAAGGCAUCUCCAGCUUGAUUCUACUUACAGGAGCUGAAUGCGGGUCAGCUGAUCCCUUGCUAGACGAGUGGCUACACGUGCGGUGUUUGGGCACCUGAGAACUGUAUGUAGCCUACACGGCACUGGCUGUGCUCUGCUUUCUGGGAUCUCUGGUCAAAUAUAUGGCAAUAACGAAGAUAAACUGGGCUUAGUGUCGUGUUGUUACUUAGUUUCAGCUGUUUCCUGCAGGGAGGGAAAGGGCUUGGAAAAAUGUUUUUCCUGUAGAGUUUUUUCUUUGAAGACGCCCCAGUGGGAUCAGGGAAUCAGCUGGACCCUUCAACGUAAGACGUGUGGUUUGGGAUUCUGCCUGCCGGGAACAGUGAUCUGUUUGGGGAAAUCAGCCACGUCCUCUGGACUGUGACCGAGCCCUGUCUUGUCCAGCUGGCUCCUGUGAAAAGAAACUAGGGUUACUAAAAAUAUACCAGAUAGUCAACAACUUGUCUUCAGGCUGAGCUUCCUCUGCUUCAGGAAUUCUGUCCUCUGAAACCUUGCCGUGCGCACGGGAUGUCCUCACUGCGGGAGUGGUGUCGAGACUGAUCCUCGCAGGUGAGCUGGGAAAUGAAGACGUUGAGGUCUGUGGUUCUCUCCUUGGCUUCUCUUUGGGCUCUCGCCUUGCUGGAAACUUCUCAGGUAACUGAAUUCCUCCAGCUGAAUUCUCUCCACCGUCCCCUCAUUCCCGUAACCUGUCUCUGUCCCGGCGGCUCAGGUACGUGGCGUCUCAGAGGGUCACAGCCGGUGGGAGGAGAGAGGAGGGCCCAUCUGUAGAGAGCCACCCCGCGACUGUGGCUGUUUGUUCACUGUGUGAGAUGCCAGCAGUCUGUGCAGUUGGGAAUGGCACCCGACUCCUUCGAUGACCAAUACACCGGCUGCACUGAGGAAAUGGAAACGGAUAUUGCACCUCGCCUGCUAGAGGAGGAAAAAGCCAGACACCCGCUGCUGGGCUCCAUGUGGGGAAACCUAUCGGCGGUUUGGGCAAUUAAGAAGAAAAGGCUUUCUGUGCCCGAGGGCUUUAGGGAUGAACAUGGCAUAGCCAUCCUGGUCUACACUGAUUCCUCCAAGCCACUGUACUGGGAGUUGAACAAGGCAGUGAGAGAGGCUGGGGUCUCCCGAGAUAACUACAUGAGCAAUUUCCACUUCAAAGCUCUCCAUUACUAUCUGACGAGAGCCCUGCAGCUCUUACGGGCUGACUGUGGCCACCUGUUCAGACGCCAGCUGUUCCGGGGAGUCCGAUCCAUCCGCUUCGAGCCCAGUGGGGCAGGUAUGUUCCGGUUCGGACAGUUCACCUCUUCCUCGCUGGACAUGGCUUUAGCUCGGAGUUACGGCAACGCCACGUUCUUCACCCUGCGCUCCUGCUUCGGCGUCCACAUCGAGUCGUUCUCCGCCAUCCCUUCCGAGCGAGAAGUGCUGAUCCCCGGGAGUGAAGUGUUCAACGUCUCCGGCUUCUCCCGGGAGGGGAACUGCAGCGUCUUCCUCCUGCAUAGCAUGAACCGGACCUGCAGCCAUUACAACUGCGCCUACCUUGGGGGAGAGAAGUCUCCAGAAUGUGUUGACAACACAGCUGCAGGUAGGAGUGUCAGGGUGUCCAGCAACAUGAGCCCUGCGUUCGUUGGUGGAAUUGUCCUGGUCAACAUUGCUGCUCAGAAACUCUUCGCCAAUUUCAAACUCAUCUUGAUUUUGUAAA